CUCCGAUUCCUGUGAAGAUGAACACCUCAGACAGGUGCUCCGUCUGAUAACAGUGAUGAGAUUGAUAAUGAAGAAAUUAAACAGUUCAAGUGCGAAAAACUAAUUAUAAUUGAUUUUGGAUUAUUCAAUUAUCGGUAAAUAAUCAAAAUUGUUCACAAAAUAUUCUGUUGUUUAUUGUUUCCAUCCACGUACUUAUAUUAUACAGGAAUCACCGUCAACAGAACUGCAACCAAUGGAACCAUUUGUUAGUGUCAAACAAGAUACUUACGAGGAUUACGAUAAUUUUUUUUAUGAUGAAUCCGAAGAGUACGGCGAUUGCGAAAAAGAUGAAGAUUAUUGUUUCAAAGACGAACUUGUUUUUGCAGAGUCGAUUGAAGUAAAGAAAUUCAAGGAAGUUACAAGUGGUGAUGGUGACUUUCUGGCAGAAAUUUCUCAAAGUGAAUCGUACAAGUAUAACAAAACAACAACGUGCGUGUUUUGUCAUAAAGACAUCAUGAAUUUUUCUCGUCAUUUGGAAAAAAAACACUGUGAUAUUGAAGAAGUUUCAAAUUUUCUACUAUUUCCUAAAAACUCCAAAGAACGUAAGAAUGCAAUUAAAUUGAUUCGUAACAGAGGUAACUUUGCUUCAACUCAAAAGGGCAUCAUCAAACCUGUGAAACGACUAGGCCUGAAAAGUCACCAAAAGAAAAAGAAAAACUAUGUCGCUUGUGUAUAUUGCCGGGGACAUUAUGUGGCAGAAUGCAUGUACAGACACGUGAAAAAUUGCUUACUAAAACCUGAUUCAGAUUCUAUUAGAGCUUUUAAGGAGAGGCCUCUCGCUAAAGGACAAUCUGUAAUGGCUGGAAAAGUUCUGGAGGAAUAUAAUUUGGGAAAUGAAAGGUUAAUGAAGGAUGUAUUGCUAAAUAUGAAAGGUGAUCGUAUUUCCGAAGUUGUAGCUAACGAUCCGCUAAUUCUAGCCUAUGGACAGAGAAUAUUUGAAAAAACCCAACAUGAUAAUUUAUCUGUCUCUGUUUCCAACAGAAUGAGGGAACUAGCUCGUUUGCUAAUUGAAAUGAGAAACCUGACAACGUGUAAAACUCUCCUCGAAUGUUUGAAACCUGAACAUUACUUUGCUCUAGUAAAAGCUACAAAAAAUAUAGCAGGCUUUGAUGAGAAACAAAACAAGUACCUCAAAGCUCCAUCAUUAGCAUUACAUAUGGGUACAACUUUGAAAAGUCUGAUAAAUCUAGCCUCUGAUUUAAUACAAGCUCAGCACCCAAAAUUCAAAAGCUCCUUCAAAAAUCAAGCACGUACAUUCAAAGAUUUAAUGACAUUGAUUGAAAGUUCCUGGCAAUAUGAUGUCUCCAGUGUUGCUCUUCACGACCUUGGAGCAAACAAAUUGGAAAAGUCUCAGAUGUUACCAACACUGUCUGAUGUACAACAAUUUUCCAAAUACGUUAACCAAUUGAUUCCAGCAUCUCUGAAAGGGAUUAAAGAAGCUAAGGAUGAUAUGCAAAAAGGGGCCAGAGCUUUCCAAAUGCUCACAGAUUCUUUGUAUGCAUCUGUUCUAGUGCUGAAUAGAAGCCGAGUUGUUGAACUUCAACAUGUACUUCUUGAUCAGUACAAAAAUGGCCAAAGUUGCUAUGAAACUGAAUGCAAUGUUUUACUUGAUGAUGAAGAGAAAAAUCUUAAAACUGGGAAACAAAUUCAAGUUCGAGGGAAACAAAAUAAACCAGUUCCUAUUCUGUUUACGAAAGAAAUGCAGAAUUUUUUUGAUAUUUUGAUCGAAUUGAGGCCGAAAUUUGUGAAAUCAGAGAACCGCUACCUGUUUGCUGCGUGUGGAACUGAAAAGCCAAUCAAUGGAUACAAUGUGAUUGACUUUUUCGCUUCUUGUUGUGGUGCCAAGUAUCCAGAAAGAUUGACUUCUACAAAUCUGAGAAAAAACAUCUCAUCCCACUCACAAAUUCACAAAAUGACUGAUAAUGAUCAACUGCAAUUACCGGAUUUUAUGGGUCAACCUACGAAAACUCACAGUGAAUUCUACAGAAUGCCUCAAGAAGUAUACCAAGAAACUAACAUGAUGACAGGAGGUAUCACACACAAAUUCAACGGACAGUCAUUAGAUCAAAUCAAAAUAUUUGAACACGAAUUGGCAGGAUCAUAUGAUGACGAAAAUGAAGCAUGUGUCGAUGAUAUUCGAGCUAUUGACUUAGGUGAUUGCGCUAGUCCUAGUGAUUCCAAUAAUCAAAGUGAAGCUGAUGGUCAAUAUGAUCACAGUAAUGUCCGAAGCUCAUUCAAAUUUGUUCGCUCCCGAGGCAAAUGGACAGAAAAACAAAAGGAUUUUGUUUUGAAAUCGUUCCAACAGCACGUACUCGAAAAGAAGUGUCCAGGAAAAAAAGAAUGUGAAUUAUUGAUACAUCAGAAUGAUCUCAUAAAAGAAAAGAGUUGGGUUCAAAUUAAAACUUUGGUGUUCAAUACCAUUCGAGAUUCUAACAAAAAGUAAAUUUUCAAGUUGUAAAUCAUAUCAGACUGAUCAUUGAUUGCAUGUACUCGUAAUUGAUUCAAUUUCGAACAUGGUUCUCAAUUUAUUGUAAAAGUUCAAUUUCUAAGAUACCUAUUUUGUAUUUUUGUUUUUUGAUUACCAAAUUAUAUUUUAUACUUGAAUUGA